CAGAAGCUUCAUGGCUUGAAGGGUGGGAUAAGAAAAUAAAACUUCUUCCACGCCGGGAGAAUCAUCCCCAACAGCUUCAUAUGUAGCAAAAGGACCUUGUCUCAUCAGCCACGCGUCACCCAGGCUGUGUGUCUUGCUUGGAUUUUUGCGUGGCUGGCUUCCAAAAACGACAGGCCUAAGCCAGGUCUGGGGCUGAAUACCUUUCUUCUUGCCUGCGAGCUACCCACGUUCUUCCAGGCAGAAGAGGAUGGGAGCCCCAAGGCCUUCACCUUUAGAAAGCCCCUUUUCCCUCUUACCUUGUUUCCAUCUUCUCAAUGUGCCUGACACCUGCUGUGCAGUCAAUUCAUCCUUACAUUGAUGAAAGCGGCCCAUGUUUUCUGGAAUGUUCUUACUGACAUGUUCUGGAAUGUACUGACGUGUUUCUGGAAUGUUCUUACUGACACGAGAGUGUGCUCUACGCGGAGGGGUGGAUUCAGCUCUUUCGACUUACUGGUUUCCCAGCAGGUCCCAGUGGAGGCCUGCGUUAUUGUUUCAGUGAUGACGUGGCAAGUGAUGGCGAAACUCAUGCUGUGGCUGAAAGAACCCAUAUUCCAGCAACGCUUUCCCUGCCGUGUUUACGAGACGCUGUCCCCGGGCUCAGGGCUCGGUUGCUGCUUUGAGCCUGACAUUGUUGUGGGUCUUUGUGCGUGACAGGCUGCAUGAUCCAAUAAAAAGCCCUCCGUGCUAGGUGAUGCCCGUCUCUGGUAGCAGCACUGCUGGGUCAGUAAACAGUACUGGUACUUAGUAGUCUGUGGUCUAAUUCUCUGCUUUUGCUCUAGGAGCUGACUUAAAUCAGUGGGACCGUUCGGCAGUUGUCGGGUUCUUUUGGAACCCAUUUCUAACUCAGCUUUUGAAAGUAGGUAAAGGCGGAGCACCCAAGCACGGAUUACUGGAAUCCUCUAGGGCACGGAGAAACCUAGCAUGGGCUUGUUAGGGAACUCGUUGUCUUUCAAAGCGCAGCGUGUAUGGUAGGUGCUUUAUAAGGACAUUGACAAGUUGAUUUAAUCUGGUUCCUGGCGUGGAUGACAGUCGUGACCUGGGAUGAUGACGAGGGUAAUGGGGAGGUUUGAGAAGCCAGGGGCAGGGUCUGUGCUGGUUUCUUCCCUGGGCCCCCUUCAUUCUACCAGCAUGUCCUUCUUGAAUCUGACCACUUGUCUUUGUCCCCACCGCCGUCACCCCAGCUCCCAUUGUGGGUAGCCAUGGCUGGAUAACGCAGGUAGAAUUCUUAGUGCAGAGCCCGCCAUAUGGUGAGUGGUCGAUAGAGGAUAGAUAUAAAAUGUUGAUUGUGGAUAACCCGAGAAGCGUGAUGCAUCUAUAUGAACUACCGUUUCCUGAUUAAAACUGUUCUGAGACUCCCCUUCGGGUAAAAAUCAAGGGCCUACCAGGGCCAACAGCCCCAGCCCCUGCCUGUAGACCCUAAAUUCCAUGAGGGCUGAGGACCACGUCUGUCUUUAACGAGUGCCUGGUGCGUGGUUGGUGCUAGAGAAACACAGUCCGUGUCUGUUGAAUGAAUGAAUAGACACCUGGAUGCUGGUCAUGAUAACCACACAGAUUAUGAUGCUAACGAUCAGGUAGGCGAAUGGCCAGCAUGUGCCGAGCCCUCAAGUGCGUGCUUUGUGUUCUUCGUGUCAAGUGACCACUUCCACAGCUCGGAGCAGAUAUCCGUGUGAUGGGAAAGUGAGCCAUCCAGUGGGUCAGCUUGUCUGGCUAUUGAAUCCAGAACCACAGAGGCUCUGGGCUGUUACCUGAUGCUGUGUGGAGGUUAGGCCAAGCCCCCAUCAGAUCCAGGACGCGGACAGGUGCCUCGCCCUAAGGAAAGAUGAGGGGUGGGAAGGCAUCGAGGUUGGCAGCUGCCUGCCCAGUGGCAUCCACCUCCUGAGAACUAGGUUUUGUGCUCGGAGCUUGAGUGGCCAAGGCUAGGUGGGUGGAAGAGGUGGGGUGACUCAGAGAUUCCGCUUCUGUUUCCGUAAGGACAACUCCCCCCUCUCGGAGGGAAUGUCAGUGUUGAAGGGGCUCGAUGGGUUGGAAGGGCAGGGCAAACUGGCUGGCCGUGUGUUUCGUAGUCCAGCGUGUUCUAGAACUGUCCCAUGAGGAGACCCGUCUGUUCAAGAGGGAGGGGACCAACUUUAAACCAGGACCUGAGAAGAGCUGGUGGUUCGGGUCUAGCUGCCGACGCAUGUUUUAAGCGUGCUCACCAAAGAGGCCAACAGUGCUGGGGAGGGAUCUGAAGGUAGGCAGUGCAGGGGGAAGAGGGAGUCCUUCCAGCAGAGAGCCUCCUCCUUCCCUGCCGCUGGGUGUUGUGGGGACAUCAUCCCUGACACGCUUUCUCUUCAGCGCAGACCUCUCCUCCCUGCUUGGCCGCUGUGGCCGCUGAUCACCAGCAGCAGGAACAGCAGGCCAGUUCUGUUUCUGGCCGCUGCAUCAGCUGGGGUUACGACAGCCUUUACUUUGAGUACCAGCCUCUUCUGACUGACGCCAUAUUUGACUGAUGCCAUAUUCCUGGGAAUCUAGGGCCUCCCCGACCCCCACCCAAGAAAACCUUGUUUAAAAUUAUGUUCUACUUACGUGAUGUGUCUUUUGACUUCGACUGACUAUCCUGAUGCCUGCUGUUAACCCCUUUAGACGUUCAGGCCCAUGAUAAUAACAGCUAACAUUUAUGAAGCGUAUCACUAUGCACUGUGCUGAAACGUUUCCACGGCAGCCCAAUGAUGUCAGCACUCUUUGUUGGUCUCCAUUUUACAGAUGGAGCCGUGGAGGCACCCAGAGGUCAUGUGAGGGACCCAGGGCUACACAUCCAGCGAGUGGGGGGCGGGGGCCAGGAACUGAACCCACAUAGAGCGACUCUCAGACCUGCUUGCUUCAGCCCCAAGCUAGGCAGCGUGCCCCGCCCGGGUGACAUCUCUCUGGGCUUCUUGUGUGCACACUGGAUGCCGCUGCCACCGCUGGAAAGACCGAACGGGGGGCCCAGCAAAGAGCGAGCGUGUUUGUUGUCGUAGCAACCCUGGCCUAGUCCUCAGACAGCGUCCCCGUGGGGCUUCUCAGGCAUCGGCAAGAACGUCAUCUGCGACCGCACGGCCACGCCGCUCGACGCCUUCCGCAUGAUGUCGGCCGCCCACUACUACCCCAAGCUCAUGAGCAUCAUGGGCAACGUGCUGCGCUUCCUGCCGGCCUUCGUGCGCAUGAAGCAGCUCAUCGAGGAGGGCUACGUGGGCGAGCUGCUGGUGUGCGAGGUGCAGGUGCACGGCGGCAGCCUGCUGGGCAAGAAAUACAACUGGAGCUGCGACGACCUGAUGGGCGGCGGCGGCCUGCACUCGGUGGGCACCUACAUCAUCGACCUGCUCACCUUCCUGACCGGCCAGAAGGCCGUCAAGGUCCACGGGCUGCUGAAGACCUUCGUCAAGCAGACGGACCACAUCAAGGGCAUCCGCCAGAUCACCAGCGACGACUUCUGCACCUUCCAGAUGGUGCUGGAGGGCGGCGUGUGCUGCACCGUCACCCUCAACUUCAACGUGCCGGGCGAGUUCAAGCAGGACGUGACGGUGGUGGGCUCGGCCGGGCGCCUCCUGGCGGUGGGCACGGACCUGUACGGGCAGCGCAACAGCGCCCCCGAGCAGGAGCUGCUGCUACAGGACGCCACGCCCGUCAGCAACUCCCUGCUGCCCGAGAAGGCCUUCAGCGACAUCCCCGCGCCCUACCUGCGUGGCACCAUCAAGAUGAUGCAGGCCGUGCGCCAGGCCUUCCAGGACCAGGACGACCGGCGCACGUGGGACGGGCGGCCGCUCACCAUGGCCGCCACCUUCGACGACUGCCUGUACGCCCUGUGCGUGGUGGACACCAUCAAGAGGUCCAGCCAGACGGGCGAGUGGCAGAACAUUGCCAUCAUGACGGAGGAGCCCGAGCUGAGCCCCGCCUACCUGAUCAGCGAGGCCAUGCGCCGGAGCAGGAUGUCCCUGUACUGUUAGCACGGACUGGGGGACCCAGGGGGACUCAGGUCUUCAGCGUGGAGCCCGGAGAGGGGGAGGGCGUGCUGGGGCAGAGGUGGCCGCGAGGAGUGCGGGGGCGGGAAGGUGGAGGGGCAGGGUGAGUUAAGCGGCGCCUGGGAAGGUGAACCCCCAGCCUGGGUGAGGGGCACCUAAUAAGACUGUCGGCUGGCCGAGCCAACAGCCCGGGAGUGUUCAGGGGGCCUGUUCUUCCCGAGAUCACCCCUGCGGGGCGUUUGCAUGAGGAGGAGGUGGCUUAGCCUCUGUGGCCCCCUUACCAUGAGAAGCAAAGAGGGGGUGCUUUCCUCCUCCCUCAGCCCUCCCCUACCCAUCGGCCUCCUUGGCAAGCCAAAUGCUCCCGCGACCCAGUGGCCAGCUCAGUGGGUGCCGGCUUCCCGGCCACCUGCCUCUGGCGGGAGAAGGCAAAUCCUCACCCGUCCGCAGAAGCCUGUUAGUCUGGGGGGAGGCGGGGGUGCAGUGGGCUAAUGAGAAAGCUCAAAUUCCGGAAGGCCACUUAAAAUAUCUGGAGGAAAAACUACUUGGUAGCAGAGUGAACAGUGUGCUUGAUUGAUUGGUCGUCCUCAUAGGAAGCGGGAGGGUGUGUCUUCCUAAUUGGUACCUUGCCCUGGGCCCCGCCCCCAGAUGGGAUAAGGGAGAGCCGGGAAUAGCAAGUCAGCCCAGAGGAGAGCACCAGAACGCAGCCUGCGUGGAAGCAGAGUAGGCCGAGAAUAAACAAUAGCCCUUUGGGUUUGGCAUCAGUUACAAAGCGGCGGGGAGCUGCCUUUAAUCCUGUUUCCGGUGGGGUAGAACUAAGUGUAACGGGAUGUGGCGCUCAAGUGUCCUCUCCGGUGGCUCUCCAGUCAAGGGCACAGCCUGAAUGGGUCAGACUACAAACUCCCGAGCCGCCCUCGCAUGCUGCGGGCCCCACUGGUUGCAGUGGGGAUGUCCCAGCAGAUGGGAAAGGGAGCCAGCCCUUGGCGGGCUUUGGUCUCCAACACCCGUGUCUCCUACCAAGCCGGUAAAGGACUUUUAGGAGAUUCACCCGGCUUUGUGAAUUUAAAAGGGAAGCCUUCGGUUCCACGCAGAUAUAAUCGUCUUCCCGUAAGAAAAAAGAAAAUGUCAAGGGUGUUUUCCUUAGCUUUGACCUUUGCUUUCAGGAUUCUGACACCUGCAAGUUUUUGAAUGGGUAUUAAAACAGGACAAUUAAGGGACAUCACUUUCAGUGUUUCUAAUAUGGGGUGUUAGAGCCACGGAGGGUUGAGAAGGGUCACGCUGGGGGGAAAAAAACAUAUUUUUCCCCUCCUUGGUCUCUUGUCUCCCUUGUCAUGCCCUGAUUACAGAGAGCUAUUACUGGAGAUGACAGACGGCUGCAGGCUUGGAGUGGGGUGGUUGCAAAGGGGAACUGUUAGAGAUGCACAUACACACACACACACACACACACACACACACACACACACACACAAGGGUUUGUCAGUCCUCACCACCACCAAAUGUCGCUGAAAUAGCUCUUAAAAAUUCAGACCUCUCUCUUGAAAGAAACACCAAGUCAAACAUUUUGAAACUGGGAAAUUAUCCUUAAUCCUUCACCCCCCCCCCCCCAUUAGACACUUGUCAGGGUUGACUGGGGAAGACGAGAACUUCUGAAUCUCCAUAGCUUUUGUUCACAGGUCACGGAAACCCAACGGUUGUCUUUGGCACACACCUGAGAUUUAGACGUCUUUCCAGAUGACUGGCAGUAGGGGUAGAAGGGAAUUUAAGGGGCCGAGAGCCCCUCCCAACCCCCCCCCCCAGGCUCUGAGGAGGCAGAAUCUGGAAAUGAACAGUAUAUAUAGUCCAUUGUAUUCUCCAUUCUCCUCCCAGGGUCAAUACACUGUGAUGCCCAGGCUGCCCGGGGGGUGCUUGGUGGGCAUGUCCAAACACCGCAGGAAUGUUGGGUCAUUUUCCAGCCCAGUGAGGAAGGAUUGCCUUCCCCAGAAGAGUCACCCCACUGCUGCAACACGGCUAGGCGAGUCAGCUGGAACUCUCCAGGGUAUGCUAUGGUCCCUGACAUCAUUACUUCGUGGUGAGCAUGCUGGCUUUCGUAGCUACCAACUCAAAACCAGAGAUUUGGUAGCAUGGAUGUGCCCCAGUAAUAGUGGGAGCAGACAGCCGUGCCGUGGACAAUGUCGGUUCAGGUUCUCCUAAAUUGCCUUCUGGAGAAAUAACUUUUGUAGGAACUGAGUGGAAAGAAUUUUUUUUUUUUUUUUCUAUCUAGCCUGAAAGGCUGUGAUUAAAGAUGAAGGGAAAGAAAACUUAGAUUAAACUCUAUGGGUCUCAUUUUUCUAAGUCGUUUAUAAUCUAAGUAGGGAUAUUCCAGGGGGGUUAAUUUUAUGUCUCUGUACUUAACCCAAAGACUUGGGAAGUUGUUUUUAUUUUCUUCCAAAGGCCUCUGAGUCCUGUGAUAAAUAGUGUCUAAAACACAGAUUCUCGUCUGAGGCUAGGGGAUAUAGAAAGAAUAUAUAUAUUCUUUAACAGAAGCAUGAAAAAUAUUUUAGUGAGUGUUCUCAAAUCCUACCUACUGAAAUGCAUGUAGCAGGUAGAUGCAGGAACGAGAGGAAGAAAAGACCUAGGUAGUUCAUUUUUUAAAUACAAAAAUUCCCGGAGAUGAGUUUUAAGAUAUUUCUUUCGUGCUCCUGUUACCCCCGAACUACCACUUGGCAAACCUCGAUUGCGAGCCGCAGCGGGCAGCUGAGAUCUCAAGCUCCCCACAGGGCUCGCUGGGGCCAAGUCCCAACGCUGACCGGUGCGCUCUGGGGUCUGGGUUCCCUCAGCACCACUUUGACCCAGGGUGAAGCCCCGAGCAGCCAUCCGGCCCGUGUCUCCUUUGGUUACUGUGUUUCAAAGAUCCGGUGUCCCGGAGGCACCGCCCUUAGGGUCUCACAUUUAGUCCCUGCGGCUUGAUUUGUUCCCGUUUUUCUGGGGACGCACGCCUCUGGUCCUGGAAACGUUGGCUCGUGCCACUGAUUGAGAGAGGGCGGGGCAUCACGGGUUCUCACCUGGCAUUCACAAGGGCUGGGGACGCUCUGGGCUUAUUUGAAAAGUGUGGAUUCUCUUGAGUGCUCUUCUGGAGAGCAAGUCCAUGACCACCGUCAGCUUUUCUCCGACGUCCCCUCUCGGGGGGAGAGACGUCGCAGGGUACCACACACACUCCUGAUCUACUAGGCGGGAAAUAUCUGUGUGUCACAUGUACGUGGACCCUGCGGUGGCAGCCGUGGCUGACUCCGCUUUAAGCUGAGCUUCUCCCGGCCCCCUUCUCCCGUCUGCAGAGAGCCAUCCAAGCAUCCUCUGCGCACCAACAUUUCUUGAUCAUCCACCGUGCGCAGGGUAUUUUAGGUGAAUGAUCUCGCUUAAUGCCCUCAGCAACCCCGAGGCAUUGGCUCUCGUUCUUCCCAUUACACACGUGAGCAAAUCGAGGCUCUGAAAGGAAGAGUGACUUGCGCACAGUCACACGGCGAUUAAAGCAGAAGCUGAGUCACCCGGGUCCAAAGCUUGUCUUCUCCAAACCACGCUGCCUCCCACGGAGAGAGGUGCGUACCCCUGAAGUUGUCGCCAGGCAGGAAAGCACUCCUCCGCUGAACACUGAGGGGGCUGUCCUCACGCCCUGUGGCGCAUCCGGGACUCACGCCGAGUGUGACUUGUGUGGGGCUCUACACCACUGCAGUCCGUACCCUCCCGCUGAGCAGAAUGCCACAUUUGAUGUUCUGCCAGAAGGUUCCUGACAGGGCUGCGAAUAGAAGUAGUCGGUGUUUCUGCCCCUUGCAAGAUGGAAAUAGCACUCAGCUCCCUUCCUUGAAAAUCGACUUGCUGAGUCGAUUUCGAUCGUCGGUGAUGCAGCAAACCGAGGAGCUGGGGAUUUUCAAGACGUCAUUGGCCGACCGUCAUAGGUGGCCUGGGAUCUUGCCCUUGGUGGUCUAACAGAGGCACGUGCUCUUCUCAGGGGGCGGGGCUUUUCCAGUUCAUUUGCUUGUGACUCCGAUUUUACCUGUGCGUUUUGCCUUCAUACCUGCGCACUCUGUCAACUCUCUUCAUCUUGGCUCAGAGCCGCAGCUGUUGAAUUUGACCUGGGUCGGAAAUUAGGUCUCCGGGAGGCUCGCCUUUUAUUGUGGCGGGGUUGGGGGGGGGGGGGGAAAUGGCAGCACGCUGGGGAGACAUCCCGGGGAGGAAGGAGCUCUGUUGGUCUCUGAAGGGAUGUCAGAGCCCCGGGUACUCACAUCCUGUUGUCACAGCCCCGAGAGGUUCGGUGACAGCAGAGGUCACCCCCGCUUCUUCGGACCUGCAUUCUAAGUCCCUUGCGGCUGCACAUAGCACCGUCAGGGCUCUCAGAUGGGGACAGGGAGGCAGAGAGGUGAAAUGACUCGUCUGAGGUCCCCCGGCUAGUGGGUGAACGAGCGACAAUUACAAUUCAGACCUGUGACGACCGUAUUCGCCCAGCUGCUGUGGUUGCAUCCAUUUCUUAGCAACUCCAUUAGGUCUUGAAUGUCCUCAGAAACUAGCUGCUGUGCGUUUCCAUCGUGAUCGUGGUGCAAACAGUUAUCCGUAGUCGGUGUUCUACGUGGCAAGGAUGGGGGACGCAACACCACCUUUGGGGUUUCCCGGGGCCCGCUCUGCUUCUGUGGCCCUCCGCUCCCCUCCUAGGUGCAGAGUCAGGCCUCCUGCUUCACCUGUUGCCUCCUAUUUGUUGGCCAUCAGAGCCCUGAAGUUUUACAGGGCGGAGGCCAUGACCUUGGAGAGCUCGUUGAAAACAAACUCUCAGAGCCCGUGUGCUCCAGUCCUUUUCGGGACAGGGAGGAGGGGAGGAGGGCCAUGAAAGGAAAGCCGUGGGCGUCUGCAGUGGGGCUUCAGUCUUAAGCAGCAGCUGGCAUGUUCUACCUGGCCUGUCCGCACCACCCCCACCCCCGCCGCUGCCCCCCCCCCCCCCACCAGGCAGGGAAGCCGGCCAAUGGCAGUGCUGAGUCUCCAGGGACGACCCUGACUGAGUCGGGCUCCCAGGACCUCCCGCAAGAGGAGCGAAGUCCUCCCACGCUGCUGUCAGGGGUGAUGAGCUCGGUGGUCUGAGCCUGGAGGUGAGGCCAGCACCAAGUAGCCAAGUGACCGCAGCGGAAGGCGGUGGCCUCCUGAGCCUUCUCUUCCCCGGGUCAGUCCCUAUUUCCUGGAGCCCUUGCGAGGGCCCCCGAAGCCCCUCGCUCUUGGCCAGGCUACUAAAGUGUUGCACUGCUGAGCGCUCUUGAAUCUGCUAUGCCCUCUUUUUGUUGAAACCAGCAGCAAGUAGAGUAAUCCCAAGACGCGGCGCAUGCAGUAGCUCUCCGCUUAGUGAAGCGUCAAAAGCUGGCCUGGGCCAGCGUGGGCAGGGCCUACCGCAUAGCCGUAGGGUCGUGCUGUUUCUGUCACUCCCCGUCCUGAUCUCUGCUGUCCUCUGCAGCCGUCACAAGGGCUAAGCCAUUGGAUGAGCCCCCAUGGUUUCUCCUUAUAAACGCAAUGACCUACCUGUGACUCUGGUCUAACCCCAGGUUGAGAAACAAAACAAAAGGAAGUGACCCCACCAGCUACUUUGCGCCCCUCCUUCCCCUUCAGGCAUCCAAACAUAUUUAAAUGUAUUUAGUAUUCUGCCCUGUGCCUUGCCCAGGGGAGGGAGAAGUUUCUAGCAAUUAUGGCUUUCUGUUUGCUGCCUGGUGCUUUUACUACUUCUUCUUCUUCUUUUUCUUUUUUUCUUUUUUUUUUUUAACCCAAAUUACAUUUGUUUGGUUGGUAUUGUCAAGUAUGUAUUUAUUGUGUUUUACAAACAUGAGUAUAUAUAUAUAUAUAUGUAUGUAUAUGUAUAAAACCAAACUUAUAUAUAAAAAGUCAAGGCAUGUAUACUAGAUAUUUUAAAGAGUUAUUUAUCAAGGGGAAAAGAUGUGUGUUAUACAGUAAACAGAGUCUAUAUUUUAUAUAUAAUGUAGAUAGCAAAAAAUAGCUUAUAAAUUAUAGAAGGUUUUGGUUUUCUUUUUUUAUUAUUAUUAAAGGCAAAAAGAAAAAGGAAAAAAAAAAGGACAAUGAAUGCAACUGUUUGUAGUGUUUUUAAGGCCAAACUUACUGUGGGAGGAGACGUUCCCUGUGGUGGGGGGGGGGGGGGCGGGGCGGUCCUUGGGCCAUGCAGUCUGAGCUCCAGACCCAGGAGCUGAUAGACGCCCACUGUUGCUGCUGCAAGACUCAGGGGACCGUGGUUAGCAUCGCUCAGCCAGCUGGCAUGUGCCACCUUACACAUGGCCUUUUGCUGCCCUCCCCGACCUGCAUUGGUGGGAUAAGGAAAUGAAAGUAGCCAAUAAAGAUGGAAGAGAAGCUA